AUGUCUUGGAGUGUUAUCUUCUACCCUGGAAAUCCCGAAAGAAGGGAAAGGCUUAUCCGCAAAAGCCAAGAGCUUCGAGAACUGAUGAAAAACAACUUCCGAGCCACCAACCAACUCAUUGAGGCUCUUAAGGAACACUUAGGCUUGUCCUUCAGGCCAGUCGCCUUGAAUGAGAAAGCUACUGUGAAGGAGAACUGUGAUGUAAUCAUUGAACGCAUACAUGAGAUCCAGGCAGAAGUAGAGAAGAUUGACCAGAAGAUGAAGGCGAAGCUGGAACCGACGCUGUAUGAGAAACUGAAGAAAAUGUCUCUGUCUGUUCCUGACUAUCAACUAUUAUCAGGAAGUGUUGGUGCAGUUUGUGGUGUUGCAGGCUCUGCUGCCGUUAUUGCCGUUGCCGCUGUUGUAGUUGGGGUGUUAUUCAUGGGGAUCGAUAUGAUUAUUAGCGCCAUUCUAGGAGGUAUUGAACGUGAUCAACUGGAGAGGGCCCUGGAAGAGUAUGACAGGGCUUUGGAAGAAUUCAGGCCAGCGUCUGAAAAAUAUCAGGAUAGUAUAACCUAUGUCAGGAUGAGACUUGAGAUGGGUCAAUAA